AUGUUGUCUGCACCGUUUCCCGUCGAAACCUGGAGGCGUCUUUACAAAGGGCAGCACCUAUGUUUUCCCGACGAGAAUGUCAAGUGCCUGCAUGGGCGACACCGAAUCAAAGUUGGCCGUAAGGUUCUACCGCCCACCGAUCGCUGGUGGACGGUCGAUUUAUACCUAGAUGAUAUUGGGGAGCAGCUGCGAACUACGCUUGAAGAAGAAUAUUGUAAUGAAAAUGAGCCCAGCGACGGCGAGAUCUACUGUAAGAUUCGACAAUAUCAGGAGGAAGGAAAUGCUCGAUCUGAAAAGAGAUGGUGGGCGCGGUUGUCGUCAAGCAGCAAAGGCGACCGGCUCCGACAGCUAUCCAACCAUGUCGAGCUCCGCGCCGCGUUCAACGCUGUGCUACUGCCGAUUCCUGGGUGCCGGGGUGGGAUGAGGAUCAGUAUGCUGGGCAAAGUGACCGGUCUCAAAUGUGAUGAAGAGUCCUGGACCUCCUUUGUCACGCCCGAUCCAUCGGACAUUGCGGAUGCCGCCCAGCGCGCCGCGGAGACUCGGCGGCGGUUGGCGAAGAUCGACCAGCAUACGGUGGAAACCCUGCAGCUGAUGGCUCCCGGUGCUUCCAGUGCCGAGUCAAGGAAAGUUCAGGGCCUCGUGCUGAGCGGCCAGGUAUUCUCUGCCUUCAGCGAGCCGGAACGUUCUGCCAUCUGGGGGAGACUGCGAGCAUUCGAUGGUCUGAUCCCGUCGCUCUUCACCUUCUUCGAGGAUUUCAAGUAUCUGGAAUCCUGUGCCCACUGCGUGAGGCGCCUCGUCAAGCUCUCCGAUAAAGCGCCUACCGUCCGGCAGGCGAUGAAACAUAUCUUCACGAACAGGAACCAGAGCGAGGGACAAUGCUUGAUCCAGACAUCAGAUGACGGAUUCAGAAGGACGCCCGGAAACACCGAGAGACAACUCGAUCUCGGAUACCGGCAGAUCUGGAUGUACGCGAUGCGGCACCAUCUUGAAGCGGCGAAGGAGAGCCAAAACGGCGAUGACCGACUGGCCAAGGCCGCAAGCGAGAAGGCGGACGAGACCGUGCUAUAUCAGAUGGCAGUUCUUGCGCGCAAGCUGGGGUUCGAAUCCCCACAGAUAUCAAACCUUAUCGAAGAGCAUCCGGAUCGACUGAUCGCACGUGGUGCUCUGUUGAAAGCUCGAAAGCCCGGUUGCUACCGAUACGAUCCGAGCAUGUUCGACAAUCUGGUCGAUCGGAUCGUCGGAUGUUUCUCGACGGCUGAGCCCUGCGAGCCAGAACCGUCGUGCGAGCUCAUCGUCGACAGUUCGGUCAAGCCCAAAGCCCGGUGCGGGUUUCCCACCACCAAAGUCCACAGACAGGAUAGUCCGUUUCUGUUCAUGGACCAUCUUCACACCGACGGGGUGCAAGUGGGCGAGAGAAUCACCACCCUGUUUGUCCGACGCUGUGUGUAUUUUGCAUUUUUCGGCAAGCCUUCUCCUCAUAGCUCCAAUGAGCUUCACUCCGGACCACCUGCCGAUGAACCGUUGUUCGUGCCGGAGGAUACCCUGAUGGAAGAGGCCAGACUAGGUGAGCGAGUAAGUCGAGAGCAGGAGCGCCGAGAACAAGUACGCCAGGAGGAGGCUCGUCACAGAAGAGAGCAAAAAAGAGAACGCCGCGAGCAAAGACGCCAGCAGAGAGAAGCAGAAAAAAGAGCGGCUGCGGAGCUAGCAGAGCAACAACGACUACAGAGAGAAGCCGAAGAACAAGCAGCUGCGGAGAGAGCGGAGCAAGAAAGAUUAUGUAGAGAAUCAGAAGAGAUAGCCGCCGCCGAGCAAGCCGCUGAACAAGAACGAUUGCAAAGAGAAGCAGAGGAGAAGGUUGCCGCCGAGUUUGCUGCUGAACAAGAGCGACUACAAAGAGAAGCUGAGCUGGCUGCUGAGCAAGAACGACUGCGGAGAGAGGCCGAAGAGAGAGCUGCCGCGGAGCUAGCUGCGAAGCAAGCGCGGUUGCAAAGAGAAGCCGAAAGAGAAGCCGAAAGAGAGGCAGAGAAGCUAGCAGAGCAAGAAAGAAUUAGCAGAGAGAUGGAAGAGAGAGCAGAACAGGAACAGGCUAAACACAUGGAGCAACUACGAAACCAAGAAGAACUCUUUGAAACAGAAGACUACCCAGAUGAAGUAGAUAGAGAGCAAGUUACGCAAGCAGCACAAGCAGCACAAGCAGCACAAGAUAAACAAACAGAGCAGGGUGUAUCUGCGCAGACAGAAAAUUCCAAACGAGUCACCCAGCUUGAUCUGAGAAGAUUACUCGGACAAGGACCCGAAAAAGAUGAACACUCUGGCGAACCAAGUCCCGAAGCAUCCUUACAGGUUGCGUCAGGUCAGGAGAGGAUCAGAAUCGUUUUUAAAGUUCUCGAACGGGGGAAUUGGAAGGAGGCGGACAUAGUAUUAGUGGACCCUGCCGAAAUCGAUCAGGACGAACGUUGUUCCGCGGUUGAGCGGCUGGUGAUGAAAUACCGGCGAAAAGGGGUCGGAUUCACCCCGUGCGACAAAGACAGCCGGGACAUCAGACCUUCCGAUUGUUUUCGGGUGGCGAGAGAAGAUGGAACAAACACAGUCCUCUUGGUUCCAAUGAAGCAAGCAACUGGAGGCGGGCAGCUUGAUUUGACCUGUGUCAGCGGAACUGGUGUCAGCGCAACUGUUGAGUAUCACGGUGGUGUCGCGCAGAUAUUGGCAUUGCAGCCUUUGAGCCCAGCAAAGAGCCUACGAUAUUCACAGAGGCUUUCCUCAAGAUGCACCAAGGCGGCGCUAGAUAACAGCGGAAAGUUUCCAACACAAGGGAAAGGGCGUGGUCACACCAACUGA